UGUAAUGAAGAAGUUGGAUAACGCAAAAUUAAUCGAACUUGUUCGAAACCAUUCUGAGCUAUAUGAUACCAGAAAUGAUUUGUAUAGAGAUACGGAGCAUAAAGAUGCACUCUGGAAGGAAUUCGGCGCAAAAUUGAAUGAAAAGGAAAAAAUGUGCAAAAAAGUAUGGAUGGGACUUCGGGAUACUUAUAGGCGCUCCUUAAAACGUAAGGCGACCGCAGUGGAAGGUGAAAACAAUUUUAAAUGGAAAUGGGAAGAUAAAAUGACAUUUCUCGAACCAUAUAUGGGAAUUACUAAGAAAUCUUUUCCAUCAAACAUUAAAUGUGAAUAUAAAAUUUCAGAAGAAUUUCAAGAUAAUGAUACACAAAAACAAUCAUUAUUUGAAUAUAAUGAAAAUGAAAUAGAUCCAUUAUCGGAUACAAAUCCUGGGUCCAGAACUAGCACUCCAAAUAUGAUCGAUUCAAAUAAAUCUGAAAAGACAUCAGUCGAUUUAAAGAACUCUUCAGCUGAAACACGCAUCGAUGGAAAUGCAAAGAAAAACGAUAAUUCAUCAGAUAUUGACUCUUUCUUUACAUACAUGUCAACAGCUGUGAAAAAAUUAUCCACAUUAAAUCAACAUAGGGCGAAAGGUAAAAUAUUUGCUUUAGUUGCAGAAUUGGAAUUUGAAGAACUAACUGGAAGAAGUAUAAAUGAAAGCAAUUAACUUGUAUAUAUGGCAUUUCCAGCCUAUUAUGAGUAAGCAAUGCUCAAACAAUAACUAACAAUUAUUAUUUUUGGUUCAUUUUGAUUUGUAAAUUAAAUUAAUAAUUUCAAUUUGCAUAUUUUUCUUUGAUUUGAAAAUUCUAGUUUUUGGAGCUUUGUCACUGUUACGGCUUCAUAAUCAUACCAUUUUUACAAACCCGUGCCAUCAGUAUAUUGCUUGAGGACUAUACCGGGACCACAGUGACAAAGCUACAAAAAUUGGAAAUUUGAGCACAAAGAAAAAUAUGUAGCUUGUAGUUAUGUAAACUAUAUAUACUAAACAUUUUAGUAAACAUAUAUACUAAAAAUUGUACUCUAUAAAAGCUCUGUUAAUGAAACAAUAGAUACAAGUUAAAUAAGUUUAAAAACCUAAGAUUUACUAUGAAAUAAGAAAAAUA